AUGUUCCUUAAUCCUGAAAUGAUUAAUGAAGCACAAGACUCUUCAGCUUAGAAUUAGUAAUGUAGUUCACGACAACAGCCAAAGGGGAGGUCUAAUAAUAUGAAUCGAUUUUAAGUAAAGUAGAAGGAUGAAUCUAAAUCAGAUAAUAAACCUAUGAGUAGAAUUUAAUAGAGAGAAAUGGAAAUUUCUAAAAAGUAGGUUGAAUCCUAGAUUUAAGAAAAUAAUGAUUUAGUUGAAAGUCUUGUUUAAUUUGAUUCGGAUGAUGAAAAAAAUGGUGCAAAUUAGAUUAUUAAUCCUUUAAUUCUUAGCCUAUAAGAAUAAGAAGAAUAAACUUAACAAUAACAGGUAAUCCAAUCAAAACCAAAGACUUUUGAUUCAAUUAGUGCAUUGCAAAAUAAUGCCUAAUAUAAAAAGAAACUUGGUUAAAAUGAAUCUUCUUAUGGCCAAGAGUUUGAUUUAAAGAUUGAUUAAUUAACUAUAAUUGGAAACAAUCAUAAUUAGUAUUAUGAGCCAGGAUAAUAAAUAAAUAAAACUAAUGAUCUUCCUUAACUUUCAAAGUAAAAUAACAAGAUAUAAUUUGAUUAUACAAAAAAAGCCUAAGAAACUAAAAAUGUGUCAAAAUUGGAGGAAGAUUAAGCUUAAAAAAAUCCUUAAAAAUACCAAUAGUUUGAUUAAUAAAAUGAAUAAGUUGAGGACAUUAUUCAAUUAGAUGGAAGUCAAACUGAUAUUUUUUCAGAAAAUAUAGAUAAAGAUAAAGAACAACAAAGUUAAAUUCUCUUUUAAAAUUUAAACUUAGAAAAUGAAAAAUAGGAGAACAUAAAAGAGGAGUCAUUUAAUGAAAUAUUUGAAUAAAGCGAACUAAAAUCUUAAGUAUCAGAGGAGUAGUAAUAGUAAUAAGAAUAAUAAUAAUAAUAAUAACAAUAAUAAUAAUAAUAGUAAUAACCAAAGUAGACUUGUCCAUAUCCAAAACCAUUGGCUUCAAUAUCAAUGCCUUAUGGUAAGAAGCAUUUUCUUGUAAAUCCAGCAGAGAAAGGAGGAAUGAUAUAAUGUACAAUAAAAAGAGAUAGAAGUGGAAUGUGUAGAUUUUAUCCUAAAUAUCAUAUGCAUGUUUCAAAUGGAUUUUUGUAUUUGAUGAGUGCAAAAAAGAGAGCAUGCAACAAUACAAGCAAUUAUAUUAUUUCACAAUCGAGAGAUGAUAUGGAAAAGAUAGACAAUUUCUUAGGGAAAGUUAGGAGCAAUUUUAUGGGAACUGAAUUUAUCUUAUAUGAUUCAGGGUUAAAUCCAGAGAAAACAAAAGAUCCAUAAAAAGUUAGACAGCAAUUAGGAGUUGUUCAGUAUGAAAGUAACAUUCUCGGUUCAAAAGGACCUCGUAAAAUGGUGGUUUUAUUGCCAAAUUUGAAUGAGCGAGGUUAAUUGUAUGAGUUCAAACCUUCCAAUUCAAAGGAUGGAAUAUUAAAGGAAUAUUUAAACAACAAUAGAGACUAAAUUGUCACUUAUGUUAAUAGGCCCCCGUAAUGGAAUAGUAAACACAAAGCAUUUGUCUUGAAUUUUUAUUAGAGAGUAGACAAACCAAGUGUUAAAAACUUUCAACUCAUAGAGGAUUAGAAGGAGGAUAACAUAUUAUUGCAAUUCGGGAGAGUUGGCGAAGAUCUAUUCAAUUUAGAUUUCCAAUAUCCUAUUACUCCACUUCAAGCAUUUUAAAUUGCAUUAACUAGUUUUGAUUACAAAAUUGCAUGUGAAUGA